GAUUUAAAAUGUUAAGGUUGUCUGUACGCGCUCGCAGUGAUAGAAAGUCCAGUAGAUGAGGGACAGCUGAUGAAGGCCAUCGUUUUGUAUGCUCGUCCAGCGCUGGUAUUCUCGAGAUUUGUUGCCACUGCUGGGACCUUCCUUUCGGGGAAGAUUGUCUUUGGAGCACCAUUAUUCACUAAAUGGACGGUGGUCGUUUUGUUCGAUGCGUCAGUUUUACUUCCACACUUGAGUUGUUCAGUCUUGUUUCAAGUGCGCGAUGAUAAAAAAAAAGAAGUGCGGUUUCUGGCUCCGCGAAUAGUUGAAUAAUCGUAAGUCCAUGGCCGAUUCGCAUGAGUGACAAGACUCAUCAGGUCUCCACCAGCCAUGUCGGUGCUCUGGGAGAAACAGUCAUUUCAUCUGGUUUCCUUUAUCACACCGUAACAUGCCGUCGUAG